AUGUUGAAUAAUUCAGACAAUCUGCUACACACCUCGUCAACGUUGGCAACCGACGAUGUGGCAAUGGAAACUGCAGAUCCGAAUAAUCCGCCCAGACGAAGCAAGUUAGAUCGUCGAAAGGCUGCGACAAUGCGUGAGAGACGACGACUACGUAAAGUGAACGAGGCGUUUGAGAUUGUCAAACAACGGACGUGCCCAAAUCCGAACCAGCGACUACCAAAGGUGGAGAUCCUACGUUCCGCUAUCGAUUACAUCACCAAACUGGAGACAAUGUUACAUGCCGAAGGAAAAAUGACAAAAAUUAUGGCGCAAAAUCAGAUGAUGCAUGGUCACACCGGAGGCGAAUACUUGGUGAGAAAAACGCUUUUCAAAAGUAGAAGCCAGUUGGUCUUUCAUUCGGAGCUGUAG